AUGUUGUGUUCUAGAAAUAGAUUUUAUGUUCUUAAACUUGGUGUAUAUUUGUUAGCAGUGUUCAUCAUCUCCCAAGUUCUGUUUAGACCGAGAUCUUUUGAAAAAGGUCUUAUGAAUUGUGGUGUAGAAGCAGACAAAGCAUCGCUUAUUGCAGAUUACAUUAAAAAUAAUGCGAAUAAUGAAAUAAGGAAUGUGGUGAAGCUGGGCCCGCUGCAGCCACGGGACAACGUGGUGGUUGUUCAGGUGCACGGCACCGACCCCCUCGUCUUUUUCAACUUCACAGAAAACCUUAGAAAUGUUGACGGGAUCGAAAAAACUCUUCUGAUAUUCUCUCACCUCUACUACAACGAGCCUAUCAACAGUGUGAUCGAAGAAAUACGUUUCGCAAAAGUAUUGCAGAUUUUCUUUCCUUUCAACAUCCAAACCUGUGAAGAUUUCUUCCCGGGCCACAGUGAGUACUUCUGUACGUUGGAGCCGCAGUGUCGCUCGCGAGGCACCGGCCGGGACGCCUACCUCGCUCAGAAGAAACACUUCUGGUGGUGGACCAUCAACAAGGUUUUCAACCUACCAGACAUCCACCUCAUCAACACAGUCCUCUUCAUAGAAGACACCGACGUGUUCACACAAGAUCUCAUCUACAUGUUGAACACAUUGAAAAAAUACGCCCACUUGUACUGUAACAACUGCGAGCUACUAGACCUGGGAGCUGGCGAUCCAGAUGUCUACAAUUCCUCGAGAGAAGACGCUGCAGUUAAAGAGGUUUACAGGGCGAGCCCGACGAAGUCAGGAUUAGCGUUGAACGGGUUAGUCUGGCGUGAUUUAAGGAACAUGGGGGAGUAUUUCUGUGUGUUCGACGACUAUGACUGGCGCAACUCACUGCAGUUUAUAUCGGAGUCGGCGCCGCGCGCGCUGCUGGCGCUGACCGUGACAAAGCCUCGCGUCAUGAAGGAGAGCACCCUGGACCUGGAGAGCAACGAGGUGCUGCGCAGCCUGUUCCCGCGCCGCCUCACCUUCACCACCAACCACACGGAUGUAACCCACACUGAAGGGAAAGGAUACUGGAAAGACAUUCGAGAUAGGAAGCUGUGCCUGCUCAUAUUGAAUAUGAAAUCUUAUGAUGUUUAA